AUGGCGGCCGCAGACGUCGCUCCCCAAUUUGGAGCAGAGUUAAAGGUAUCAAAUGGUAUAUCAUGGGUAGACGAGAUACACCAAUUCUACCGCGAGCGCAGUGCAAUUGAGAAGGAGUACGCAUCCAAGUUAACGGCCCUCUGCAAGAAGUACUAUGACCGCAAGUCGAAGAAGAUCAGCCCUUUGAGUGUAGGCGAUACACCCACCUUAACCCCCGGCUCCCUCGAAAGCGCAUCGCUCACUACAUGGACUACACAAUUGAACGCUGUGGAAGCUCACGCGGCCGAACGAGACAAAUUUGCCUCAGAAUUGGUAGUGCAAGUGGCGGAUCCUCUGAAACAAGCUGCCACCCAAUAUGAAGAGAUUCGCAAAUGCCACGUUGAAUAUCAUGGAAAGUUAGAAAAGGAACGGGAGGCAGCAUACGGCGACCUCAAAAAAGCUAAGGGCAAAUACGAUGGCGCGUGCCAGGAGGUUGAAUCUCGCAGAAAGAAAAUGGAGUCCGCUUUUGACCAUGGCAAGGGCAAAGCACAAACAGCAUAUCAACAACAAAUACUGGAGAUGAACAACUAUAAGGCAUGGCUCAUUCAACUGAUAACCCCGUGUCCUGAUGCUAACUUGCGGGGCUUACAAAACCUCAAUGAAACACGAGUCGCAAAGAUGAACUUGAUGUGGUCGCUCGCCGCCCAACUUGAAAAGUCAUCUCUUUCAAAUAGCACGGAGCAUAUGGCUAAUCUUCUUGUCGAAAUUCCUCGCAACAACCCGCACCUGGACUCCAUGAUGUUCCUCCAGCACAAUGUGACUCAAUCGCAGGAACCUGCAAACCUAGCAUUUGAGCCGAGUCCAGUAUGGCACGACGACGCUUCAAUCAUCGCCGAUGAGGCAGCCAAGGUCUUCCUGCGCAAUGUCCUCAGUAAGAGCAAAACUCAAAUCCGCGAACUACGAGUUGAGUCGGACCGGAAGAAGCGUGAGGUUGAAGGAAGCAAGAAAGUACGGGAAAAUAUUCAGCAUGGCAAAGAUAAUCGAAACGAGUUAGAUGUUGUGCGGUCCAUCUUCUACAUUCAAGAAUCCCUGCACGAGGUUGAUCGCAAAUGGGUUACAGCCGAGGUAGAGACCGCGACUAUCAUGGCAGUGGCUGGAGAUUUGUCGUUGGGAGCCCAGAACCACAAUUUCCGCUCUCAGACAUUCAAGAUCCCGACGAAUUGCGAUCUCUGCGGCGAGCGAAUCUGGGGCCUGUCCGCCAAGGGCUUUGAUUGUCGAGAUUGUGGUUACACCUGCCAUAGUAAAUGCCAAAUGAAGGUGCCCGCGGAGUGCCCGGGCGAGCAAACCAAGGAAGACAAGAAGAAACUCAAGACGUUGCGACAGGAACAGGCUGGUGCCAUGCCUGCUGUCGACAUCGGCACCCCUGCAGCUUCUACUGCCACCCCGUCCCUGACGCGACAAAAUACAAUGAACUCUCUUAGCUCAGGAUAUGCGGCCAGUACGGCUAGAUCGUCAUCAAACAUUGCUGCUCAGCCCACAGCAGAAAGCCCAGCAGAGGAGCCUCCAGCUCCCGUUGCAGAGACAAAGCCAGCUGCCGCUGCCCCAAGGAGGAACCGGGUGCUAGCACCACCUCCGACAGCAUACAUGACUGCACCUCCGCCGAGCGACUCUGGCAUGAGCCCGAGAUCCAAAGAGCCACGAGGCAAGAUGCUGUACGCGUAUCAAGCAACCGGCUCAGACGAGGUCAGCGUGGAAGAUGGGGAUGAAGUGGUGAUACUUCAACCAGAUGAUGGUUCUGGAUGGAUGCGUGUGCGCUCGGGAGCCAACGAAGGACUCGUUCCGGCCUCAUAUGUCGAAGCUGCCCCAACACCAUCUCCCGUGCCAUCCGCUAGUCCCAGUAAGCCUGAGCGACCUGGGUCAACGUACUCAAAUUCCUCGGCAUCCCUGGCAGGAAGUGCUGCGCCGAAGCGUGUCGGACCAGCCGUCGCGCCCAGACGAGGAGCCAAGAAACUGCAAUAUGUCGAGGCAUUAUACGAGUACGAAGCUCGCAGCGAUAUGGAGUGGAAUAUGGCUGAGGGUGACCGCUUUGUGCUCAUCAACCGGGAUAGUGGUGAUGGAUGGGCCGACGUCGAACGGGGUGGUGUUACGAAGAGCGUUCCCGCGAACUACAUCCAGGAGGUGUAG